GCUCAGCACCGUGUGUUCCUUAUUUUUGGACGAUGGCGCGUUGCACCUCUUACACAGUUCUUUCAACCCUUGUCUACUUGUAGCGCGACAAGCAUUAAGCACAACCCGCCUGUCUUUCCCGGUCGAGCUCACCCAUAUACCGAUACGGCGCUCCACCGACGCGACUGCGACCGUCUUACGGAAAUGGAACGCGACGGAAAUGGCCGCGCAGGGCCAGAUAUCGAUGCGAAAGCAGCACAGCCAAAUACCCGCUUCACGUCGCCACUAGUUAUCCACAGCGCGUCGCGCAGAAGAAGCCUGUUUUCGCGACCAAAGGCGCAUGAGGACAAUGCUCGCCCGGGAAGCUCAGGCUCAGUUUCCGACGGAAAUGUAGCGUCGCCCAGCAGUACGAGAAUUCCGCGCCCCGCUCAGCGACGGCCAUUCACCCUUUCGGACGCCUACCGGAGGGCCGAAGAAGAGGAGGCAGCUCAGGGAUCACCGAGUCCAGCGCCACGGUUGUGGCGAUCUCCUCGCGAAUCUGCCGGGAAGAAACAUACAAAGGCCUCGAGUCCUAGCGUGUCGGCGCUCCCACAACGCGGAGGACUGAGGGAAGAGCCUUCAGGGACCAGCCAUGCUGAGGGUCAUGAGGGGCGUCCUGGUUCGUCACAGCAAAGCGAUACUUCGGAUAGCACGUUUGACGAUAAGCUCCGCCAAUUUGCAAGAGACCAGAGGAACCCAGAGGAGACCAACCGCCGCAGCAGCGGCUUCUUAUCCCGUUCCAGGCUCGGGACUAGGAUUGUCGAGUCCGGAAAGGAAUUGCUUGUGCGGAAAACCAGCCGAGGUAGUUUCGAUAGCUUCUUCUCGCCACAGCCUGGCAAGGGGACAACGACCAGCCCGUCGCUAUUGCGGCGAUUUUCCGGGAGAAAGCGGGAGUCAAGUGAUGAAGUGUUGCCUCACGAAGGAGACGAUCAGGCGCUGGCGGAUCACGAAACUCGCGACGAGCUUCUAGGACAGAGCACGACACCCCCCCGUGCGCGGAGCGCCGCAUUUCUCGACUCGCAAACUCCCAACAGGAGCUUUGCUUGGCAAGCGGACGCGGAUUUCACCGAGGCCGACCUACAAAUCUCAAACAGCCCCCCGGUUAUCCUCGGCCGCCGCAAUACUAAAAUUGACGAGAUUCGGGCCUUGGAGGCUAGAGUUAGCCAGUACUUCUCAGAAAACCCCAUCCACGAAUCACAAGAUACCCAGACCGCUAGCCCAGGCGCCUCAGAUGCUCGCCCUGCCGCGGAGACUCGAGAUGAGGGCCCUGCAUUGCCCAACCAGCCUCUAGAGUCUCAUACAGUUGCCAAGGACGCACUGGAGGAUCAACCCGACGAUGGGAAUGCAGGUCCCCGCCCCCGAUCGGUCAGCCAGACAAAUCUGAAAGUGGAUGAGCUCAGGUUGCGUGAAAUUGAGACUUUAUCCAGGAAGGCACUCGCAACGGCUAGACUGGACGAGUUGCGGGAGAGAAAUAUUAGAAUUUCACGUUCACCAUCCCCAGAUGUCGCACGAAUAUCUAGCAGAGAACGUACGCGGGCGUUCUCUCCGCUGCGUGACAGGCUGCGGAAGCCAGGGAAUGAAACGUCCGGGGUCACAAUCCAAGGUGAAGGAGGCCAAACCGACAAGAGCAUAUUUGGUCCACCCCCUCCUGUUCGAGAUCGCUCCCUGGACAAUCAAGUGGAUACCGGCGGCGAGAGAAGCGGCGAAGAUAGGAAGGGUCAACACAGCGCCCCAGAAGCGGGGGAAGACCCGGGUGACGAGGUCUUACGCCGGCUGGGAGCCGCAACAGGCAGCAGCCCGACUCUCGAAGUGCGGACAGUUGCAAAUAGCAACCAUUCAGCACCGCGUUCCCUCGGGCUAGCCGAACGAGCAAGGCAGAGAAGGUCAAUCGGCGGCGCUAAGAGCGACGUCAGGCCCACUGUUGGCUUCAGCGGCCUCUCGAGAAGUCCGUCAGCUGACUCGAAGACGGCUAAGCGCAAAAGCUUCGCGCAUUCGGACGUCGACCCGACGGAACGCAUAGAGGGGGAAAUGAAGCUCUUUGCGCCCCAAGAGAAUCAAUCAGAAAAGGGUUCCUUGCGGGCUCCGUCGCCAGAGGCCGAGGAAGAGGCUCCCGAUGAGACGCCAAAGCCGACCCAGACUGAUCCUUCAACGCAGCCUACUCCUAAGGUGACGGGGGCGUUUGUCGAGACCCCAGCAACGGUCAAGGUGGAAAAGGUAGAGAGUCCUGUCUCGGCUCCGCCUGCUGAGAACAAGGACGUCGAAUCGCAGCGAAACGGGGCGAGACGCUUGAGUAACAGCAGCAGCGGGGAUUCUAAAUCCUCUCUUUCUCUGGGCGAAAGAGACGGUGUUACGGCGCGCCGACGAAAGCGUACGCUGUCGUCUAGGGGCGAGCGGGCGCCUGGGCGGUCGUCAUUGCUCUCUACACGGCGGCGUGCGAGGUCAUUAUCCAGAAGCCGCACACCAUUGAUCAAUUCGGCGAGGCCGCCAACCGUCAGAGACGACCUACUAGAAAUCCAGCGGGCCAACCAUAUUGAAGACUCGACGCUCGAAGACCUCGCUGAUCUGCUCAGUCACCAGGGUCACUCACCUGCCGUUCCACCAAGCGCAGUAAGCGACGACGACAAGCUCGAUAGGCAGAAGGAACUGGAAGCAUAUGAUCGGAUAAGCCGGUCGCUCGAGACUGGCCUGCUCGGAAUCCGGAGUGCAAAGCAAGGGAUUGAGCGUCUUGAGGACAAAGUCUCCCAGGCGGAGCUCAAGGAUCACACACGACACGCAGGUCACGGCGACCGCGCCAGGGGAGAAUCGGCAUCGUGUCUGGUUUGCCAGGGCUCCAAACCCCCUGUCGACGCGUCAGUGACGUACCUCCACCUUCCGCUUCCAUACCUCUGGUCGCGACGCCCGAAGUUUCGGUUCACGCUCUUUGGUCUCAGCCUAUUUCUGCUGUCUCUCUGGUAUGUUUUGGAGUCGUGGAUUUGCUUCCGGUAUUGCAAACCAGAAUACUGUUACCCCGGCACGGCAUGCGACUGGUCAUCGGAUGAUCCGGUCUGGGGCUAUGCGAUUCCAGUGAAGUUGGAUGAGUGGGCUACUGGUGGACAAGGAAGGCGUCUCGUGCGUCGACUCCAGCCCGAGGUGUCUGACUGGUUGGCUGACAUGUGGGAUGCCGCCACCGGGACCGAUAUCACGACGAUCGACACGUCUCGCUACGGCUGGGAGCAGAAGCGGCAGUACAGAAGACGGCUGGCUAAAAAGGGACUCCGCAAGCCGUUCGUCGAACGGCCGGAGGACAAGGCUGUAUUUUCGGGGUGGAAAUCUGUCCGGCAAGCCAACGAAAGGGCCCAAUCAGCGCAGGAGAUGGGAUAUGAGGUGGAUGAAGACGAAACCAUCGGCUCCGAUGAAAGGCUCUAGCAGUACGAGAGUGCUGUGGUCGUUGAUAUCAGUGGAACUUACGGAACUUAUGCCUGUAUCAGGAAGAGACCGGAGGUUGCCGU